AAGAAAGCCAGUAGAGGAGGCGGCGCGCAGCCUCCCUGAGCACGUCAGUCUAAAUGACACUUUCCCUCUCCUCGGGGGAACAGUGAACUGCUCCGGAAAAAAAACCGGAAACGCUGCGGCAAGGGGCAGAAAUGUAAAUGUUCGACCAAACAAUAACAGAGCUCGCGGGCCUCCUGGACCCGGACCGUCCCGCCGGGCGUCGCGGGCAGACUGCUCGUGGAGCGCUACCCACGUCCACGCCAGGCAGUCUACUAGGAUCGUCUCCAUUUAGUGGAGCCAGGGGCCGCUGGGGAGAUCCCUCCGGGAAGGACAAAGGUCCGGAAGUUCUGGGACCUGAGCGGCUUGGGCUUCCUGGAUCGACCCCCCCGAAUGUGAUCAUGUCGGGACGGAGCCCGAGAGGACCCUCCAGGGAUGCUGCGGGCUCGAAGAUCUCGGGGGUCCCCAAAAUCCCGAGAUCGGGGAAAAAACAAUCUCGGAUCCUGAUGCUUUGUGCGUCUUAUUUCGGGGUUCUUCACACCCGGCACGGGGAGAGAAAGGGAGGGGAAGGGUGAGGAGGAACCCCUUCGGCCGGCUGCACGUCCCCCUCCUAUAAAGCUGAGUCCGGCUGCUCCCAACAGCCCCUUCAUCUGCACCCAGGCCUCCCAGCGGUGCAUUCCGAUAUUGGUGCCGCCAGCCAAACUUCCAUUCCCCCGCGAUCGCUGAUCGCGUGCCCCACCCCCAGACCCCAAUUCUCCCCAAGCUCAAAACACACAGAGCCGAGAGCCGGUGACUCAGACAGGACUCAUCUGGCUCAGUCAGGAGCUUACCCGAACCUCAGGGGAGCGUGUCACCGUCCUGGGAAGCACGCUCCGAGGCCGGACGCCAGAGGAUCCCGGAGCCCGGCGGCUACCUGCGCCCAGGAUGGUGGCUCUGGACUUUUGAGAAGCUCAAAACUUUUAGCGCCAGUGAGUCCGAGCACAUGGGAGGGGAAAAUCCCAAUCCCAGCAACCCCCGCGAAGCUCCUGGCACAAAGCUGGACAGUCGCCAUGACAAGUAAGGGCAAGCAGUUAGCCGGCGCGGGGAGGCGGUGGGGCUGGAGCCCGGGAGGAGGGCCGGGAGCCAGUCCGGAUUCUCACUGGGUUGGUGCUACAGCUACUUUACACUGGGGGUGGGGACGGUCGGCAGGCCGGAGCGGGGAUGGCAGAAUAAGUGGAAACCAUUUUAGGAGACACCUGCUCCUGUGUCAGACAUGAAGGUGGGAGGGAGAGAGCUUUUGCACCUGUCAUUCCCCUCCCGGAUGGCUGGAUAUGCUCUUCUCAUCAGCUAGAACGUCACCUUUUAGGAAAGACUUCCUUACUAUCCGAAUCCAACGAAUUCCUUCAGAGACCCUGUGUCACACCAUCUUGUUUAAUUUCCUUCGCAGCCCUUACCGUUUUCUGCAAAGAUUUGUUCCUUGUCUUAGUAACACAGCAGCGUAAGCCAUGGGGAGGGGGCGGGGGGGCAGAGACCUUGUCAACUAUCUUAUUCAUUGUAUUUAUUUCUCGGUGCCUAGUAGCACCUAGUAGCAAGGAAGAGCUCAGUAAUAAAUGCUUAUUGAAUGAAUGAAAAGAGACGGAAGUCUGAGGAAUUUGGCGGAAUGAGAAGCAAAAAAAGGUCAAAAGCUGUAAAAUCAAACAUAGCGCCAGCGCCCUCCGCAGGUGAGGGUGGGUAGUAGGUGCUUUAGGAGUGCCGGAGGGAGACGGCAGGGGGAGCUCAGGCACUGCUCGCCGAGGCAGAGGCUCUCGGACUACAACACCCAGCAACCACCACGAACCCUACGGCUUGAUGGGAACGGUAAGCCUCCGCGACCUGUCACGUGCUUGCCCCGCCCCUCCCGCGAAAUCUGACCCGGGAUGCGGAGGUCCAAUGGAAAGGCGGGGCCAAAUCCCGCGAGAGCAAGUGGCUCUUAGUGACCGCGGGGGCUGAGGGACGCUGUGCUUGCGGCGGGGCGCGUCCACCGGUCCCGCUCGCCUUCCGGGGUCUUCCGCCCUCUCCCGGAAGAAGGAGGAAGGGCCCCGGACGGGUUUUCCGGGGCUGCGUCCGGGAGCCGAGAAGUUUGAGGCGGUGUGGGCUGUCGUAUCGGCAGGGCAGCUGGGCGCUCGAGGGACGAGGGUCGCGGCGGGGGCCGGAGUCCGCGCUUCUUCGGCAGCAUGAGCGCGCCCGAGGCGCCCCGGUCGGCCCCGGACUGCCUUGCUGCGGACCAGGCCCCCGCUCCGGCUCCCCUAUCUCCUCGGGCUUCCCCGACGGGUGAGAGUCCGGACUCUGAACUGUUGCCACCGCCGGUACCUCCCGCUGGGGACGGCCCGGCCCGCUCGUUCCCGGAUCCCGCGGCGGGCUCCCGGGCGCCAGGGGAGGGCGGCCCCGUUUCUGCCUCCACCGCCCUGCAGGCGGGCUUCUCUGCUCCUACCGACUUGAGCCCUCGAAUUGAGGAGCCAGAGGUUGGUGAAAACGUGAGCCUUCCCGCAGAAGAAGCGGACGGGCCGGAAUUGGGGCCAGGAGAGGCGGUGGAAGGAGUGUCUGAGGACCUCGCCCCGGAGGACGAAGGAUACAGCACCCGGAACUACUGCUUCUCCCAGCUCCCUCGGUUUCUCAGUGGUUCCUGGUCAGAGUUCACCCAACCCGAGAACUUCUUGAAAGGCUGUAAGUGGGCUCCUGAUGGUUCCUGCAUCUUGACCAAUAGUGCGGAUAACAUCCUGCGGAUUUAUAACCUGCCCCCAGAGCUGUACAAUGAGGGGGAACAGGUGGAAUAUGCAGAGAUGGUCCCUGUCCUUCGAAUGGUGGAAGGUGACACCAUCUAUGAUUAUUGUUGGUAUUCUCUGAUGUCUUCAUCCGAGCCAGACACCUCCUACGUGGCCAGCAGCAGCCGGGAGAACCCCAUUCACAUCUGGGAUGCAUUUACUGGAGAGCUCCGGGCUUCCUUUCGUGCCUACAACCACCUGGACGAGCUGACGGCAGCCCACUCGCUCUGCUUCUCCCCUGACGGCUCCCAGCUCUUCUGUGGCUUCAACAGGACCAUACGGGUCUUUUCCACGGCCCGGCCUGGCCGUGACUGUGAGGUCCGAGCCACGUUUGCCAAAAAGCAGGGCCAGAGUGGCAUCAUCUCCUGCAUAGCCUUCAGCCCAGCCCAACCCCUCUACGCUUGUGGCUCCUAUAGCCGUUCCCUGGGUCUGUAUGCCUGUGAUGAUGGCUCCCCUCUUGCUUUGCUGGGAGGACACCAAGGAGGCAUCACUCACCUCUGCUUUCACCCUGAUGGCAACCGCUUCUUCUCAGGAGCCCGCAAGGAUGCUGAGCUUCUGUGCUGGGACCUCCGGCAGCCCAGCCAUCCACUGUGGUCGCUGAGUCGAGAGGUGACCACCAAUCAGCGCAUCUACUUCGAUCUGGAUUCGACUGGGCAGUUCUUGGUGAGCGGGAGCACCAGUGGGGCUGUGUCUGUGUGGGACACCGGCGGGGCUGGACAGGAAGGGAAGCCGGAGCCGUUGCUGAGUUUUCUGCCCCAGAAAGACUGUACCAACGGAGUGAGUCUGCACCCUAGCCUGCCAUUGCUGGCCACCGCCUCCGGUCAGCGUGUGUUCCCAGAGCCCACAGAGAGUGAGGACGAAGGGGAGCGGGAGGUGGACCUUCCCCUGCUUUCCAUGCGCCACGUCCACCUCGAAUGUCAGCUUCAGCUCUGGUGGUGUGGUGGACAUGGAACCAGGAUAGCUGAUGCUCCCCAGGGCCAGAAGGGCCAGGGAGGGACUGAGGAAAGUGAGUGUGAGUUUACAUAAAACCGUUUUCUAUGG